AUGAUUACAGCACUCUUGCUGGUCGUGACGGCGUUUCUCGCUUGGUGGUUCUUCAGCCCAGAGAAGGAUCGAUUUCCAGGACCCAAGGGACUGCCUAUCAUUGGGAGUGCACUGAGUCUUCCUAAAGAGAGACAGUGGCUCACAUUCGAGCAAUGGAGGAAAGAAUACGGUUUAAUCUACUCGGAUAGGCCCAAGGCAGUCAUGGUCGGGGAACUAGUUGGUUGGAACAGAGGUCUCGGAUAUACCAAUGGCCCUCCAAACCCUCGCUUCAGGGAACUCCGAAGGCUAUUCAAUGCCUUCAUCGGACCCAGGGCAUGCGAAUCCGUCGACAUACAAGCUGUCCAGGAAGAAGAAACCCUGAAAUUACUGGUCAGACUACUAGAAACGCCCGAUGAUUUCCUAGCACACAUUCGAGGCAUCAAUGCGGCUGUCCUACUUCGACUUGCUUAUGGGUACCACCCCUCUGCCGAAGAAAGUGACGCUCUCGGACUGGUCAAGAUCGUUGGAGACGCCAUGGACGGAUUCUCACUAGCUUCCGAACCUGGAUGGUGGGUAGACAGUGUCCCACUUCUCCGCUACAUCCCAUUCCUGCCUUUUCAAUACGCUGCAAAGCGAAUGCGGGCGGACUUGGAGAGGUUGUACCAAGUACCUUUCAACUUCGUGAAACGGGAACGCAUGAACGGCACAGCCAAGAUCUCGUUCAUAUCAAGCUUCCUAGAUGAAAAGAACGAAGCCGAAACGAAAGAAGACGAAGAUAUCAUCAACGCCGCUGCAGCUUCACUUUAUUCGGGGGGUGCUGAAACAACGGUCUCUUCCCUCGAAUCGUUCUUCUUGGUCAUGGCGCUUUACCCCGAAGUCCAACGUAAAGCCCAAGCGGAGGUAGAUAGAUACCUCGGGGGUCGAUCCGAGCUCAUAUGGCCUCGCAUUUCCGAUCGUCCACACCUUCCUUAUGUCGAGGCGAUUAUGCUGGAAAUAUUAAGAUGGAAUCCGAGUGUCCCGUUGAGCCUCCCUCAUGUGGCCAGAGAGGAUGACAUCUACCGUGGCCGCCGAAUCAAGAAAGGCACAGUCGUCUGGGCGAACAUGUGGUCAAUCCUCCAAGACCCGGAGCUCUUUCCUGAGCCUCGCGUUUUCAAACCCGAGAGGUACAUCACAGAGGAAGGGAAGCUCGCUACCAACUCCAAGGCGACACUCACCGCAAGGGCUGCCUUUGGAUUUGGGAGAAGGUUGAUCAUCAUCCUUUCUUCAAUCUGCCCUGGAUUAUACUUAGCUGAGAACACCAUGUUUUUGACGUUCUCUACAUUGCUGGCGACGUUCAACAUCGCAGAGGAUCCCGACGAAGACCCAUUGAUCUACUAUGAAGGCUUUAUCAGGUAA